UAAAAGUGAAUCCUCCCUUCAUUAUGGAGAACGAAAAUAGUGAAAAUGUGCAACGAAGUGAUAAUUUUGGUGAAAGUUCAUCGCGAAGAAGAAGUCGUUCUCCAAGUACGAGCAGUGCGUCGUCGUCGGAGGAUUCGAGUCCGGAAAGAAGACCGAAACGAUCGAGAAAGGAAAGCGGAGUGUAUUUUAAAGCAAAUUUCAGAGGAAUAUCAUUGCGGAGCCUUGCAAAAAAUUCCUCCAAGUGCAGAUAAUUUGUUUGAUGGCGACUUAUUGGCAACAUACCUUCAAAAAAUUGGGGGGGCCGAAAAACUAACACCUUCAUUACAGACUACGCACCAUGUGGGACCGAAUCGAAAUCGUUCCAGCGACAAUACGCCGAAGCCGUCGACGAGCAAACAAUCUGGCGGCAACAAUUUUCGAGGUAACUCUUCAGGCUCGAAGGACAAAAAUAAAGGUCAUGGCAAGUCUUUUGACAACAGGACAUCUACCAACAAGAACAAGCGAGUCUAUAAGGGUAAGAAACCAAGGUCACACUCCCCUGCCAAAAAUAAUCGUGCAUGACUACAAAAGCUUUCGGGGUGGUUGUCUGCGGCAAUAUUUGCAUGUUUGGGAAACCCUGGGAGCUCCCGAUCACAUAUGCAAACUGCUGAAAGGAGUACGUAUCCCGUUUAUAAUGAAGCCACCCCUAAUAUCACCCAAUCAAUCGAUUAUCAAACAUUUCGAAACAAAAAGAAGUCGUCACAUGUCUCAACAAAUAAAGCAAAUGUUAGACACACAUGUACUAGAGAGGGCACAGAUAAAUCCCAGUUACCUAUCGAAGUUUUUUCUAGUGCCAAAAGCCGACGGUUCAUUCCGUCCCAUUUUCAAUUUGAAACAGUUAAACAAAUUUGUCAAAUUGAAAAAGUUUCAUCUGUUCAGUCAUUUUCGCGUGCCAAGUUUCUUACAGAGCGAAGACUGGAUGGUGAAGGUGGAUCUCAGCCAAGCGUACUUUCAUCUACCUAUAGCCGAGCAGCAUCGAAGGUUCCUGAGACUGAUCUACAACGGCGAGCUGCUCCAGAUGACCUGCCUUCCGUUUGGCCUGUCAUCGGCACCGAGAACGUUCACUUCCCUGACGAACUGGAUCGCAGAAUAUCUGAGGAGUCACAAUAUCAGGUGUGUGGUUUAUUUGGACGAUUUCUUGCUGGUCAAUCAGUCUCGCCAUAUUUUACACGACCACGUCGUUUUUAUGGUGAGCCUGAUGCGACGACUCGGAUGGACGAUCAACGUGGACAAAUCUGUACUGGUUCCGACUCAACGCCUGGAGUUUCUGGGAGUUACAUGGGACACCAAACUCAACACGAAGUCCCUGUCGGAACCGAAGCGCCUAACGCUACGCAUGGCCCUUCAAAGUCAGAUGUCCAGGGGCAGCUGGUCUCUCCGACAAGCCCAGUCACUUCUGGGGAGACUCAACUUUGCCUCAUUCGUCGUACGCAGAGGGCGACUACACUGUCGGACUAUGCAGUACUACAGCCGACAGCUUCCCAAAGCGCACCCCUACAAGCGAGUAAGUAUACCAGAACCUGUUCUUACCGAGAUGAGUUGGUGGAUGGAAGCCGUACGGGACUCGUCAGCGAUACAUACAGCCCCGAUAUCACACCUGCUGACCACGGACGCGUCCGACUACGGCUGGGCAGCUCAACUGGGAGAUGUGAACAUGUCAGGUCAGUGGACAAAACGACAACUCACAUGGCAUGCCAACCUCAAAGAGCUCUAUGCGGUUUUCGCGGCGAUACAACAGAGCGAGUCGCUACAGAAUGCUCACAUAUUGUUACAAACGGACAACCGUACGGUAGUGGCGUACGUCAACAAGGAAGGCGGAACCAGAUCGAAGAAACUGUUAGACCUCACUCGGCGACUGUUGACAGUAAUGGACCAGCUCAAUAUUCAUCUGACGGCACAGUACUUCCCGGGCAGAUUCAACUGCGAAGUGGACGCAUUAUCCCGGGGCCAGGCCUGCCCGGAGUGGAAUUUGACCGAGGAAGCCACGAAUGUAAUAUUCCAGAUGUGGGGAACGCCGGAAGUGGACUUGUUCGCAUCGAAGACGGCUCACGUGGUUCGGAGGUACGUAACAAUGGACACGCAGGACGACGAAGCAAUUUUUCACAACGCCUUCCUGCAGCAGUGGGAUUACGACCUGGCGUGGCUGUUCCCUCCGCCGAAUUUGAUUCCCCAAGUACUGUCGUAUCUCAACACGGCGAAAGGUCGGUAUGUUUUGAUCACCCCGAAGUGGAACAAGGUCUUUUGGAGAGCGGACCUUCAAGCCCGCGCCAUUCGGGGACCAUACCGCAUACCGAACCUGGAACAAGUACUCAUCGACACGAGAACCGAGAUGCAUCCGCCCCAGAUCCACGAAAUAUGUUUGGAGGCAUGGCUGGUAUCGGGUGGUUUGAUGAGAUAAAAGGUUGGUCGCAAGAAGAAACGUCUCUGUUAAUGUCUAGCUGGCGAAAAUCCACUUUAAAUACCUAUAGACCGGCGUGGAACAAAUGGAAAACCUGGUGCGGCGCUAACUCCAUCUCCUACACCAGCCCGAGCCCGGAGCAAGUCGCUCGUUAUCUGGCACACUUGCAUAACGACGAGGGUUUGGCUUAUCGUACAAUUUUGGUCCACAAAUCUGUCAUAGCGACUUUCACAAAUACUAAUUUGUCAUCUAACUUUUUUGUCAAGCAUAUUCUUAAGGCUGUUUCAGUGGCAAAAGAGAAGAAAACCAAACCACCUAUCUGGAAUGUAAAGGAGCUAUUAAAAUGUUUGGAAAAUAGUGCACCUGAUUCUAGCAAUCUAUAUCAGGUAUCCCGUCGUGCUGCGAUUUUAUUGCUGUUAGCAUCGGGACGCAGAGUACACGACCUUACCCUACUGAUAAUCGACCCAGAGUCGUGCGUGGACGAGGGCGAUUCAAUACUUCUGUGGCCUAAAUUUGGAUCUAAAACUGACAGCUGUAGUUACAGGCAAUCGGGUUGGAAACUUAAGAAGCACCCAAACCAAAACCUCGAUUGCGUGCAUUGGAUUCGACAGUUGAUUGCAAUAUCACAAGAUCGUCGGAGACAAGGUAAUAUCAAAGAGCUUUUUAUUACUGCGAGGGGAGACCCAAAACCGGCAUCCAGAACGGUUCUCGGCGGCUGGAUCAAGUCCGUGCUGCGGGACGCAGGCGUGGAGGCCCCGCCGGGCUCUGUGCGGUCCGCCGUAGCGUCUCUAAAUUGGAUAGAACAUUUUCCAGUAGACCAAAUUCUUGCAACCGGUAACUGGAGGCAAGAGCAUACAUUUAGGACCUAUUACCAAAAAGAAAUAAUUAAUCAAGCAUCUGAUACUGAUUUAUCGCACUCGGUUUCUCUAUCUAAUUUCUUUGAACCGGUGCAGUAAUUUAUGUUACAAAUUAAUAAAUAGAUUAUUGAAAGUAGACUAGAUUUUGCCUGAUGAUCUGUAGUAUACAUUCAUUAUCAUGAAAAUAUAGAUUUAAUAUACCUAUAACCUGUAUUUAUUUUUCAUAAGACGUAGCAUCAUCAUUUGACUACCAGGAGAUAACAAACACAUCACUCAACAAGAUGGAUUCCGGAUAUUGGCACGGAACAAAUAAUAGAGAGUUUUAACUAACAAUAAAACUUACCUAUUAUUUUUCCAACAAUAUCCGGAAUCCAGGUAAUGCCUACCUGGUACAUCGUGAGUAAGUAUAAUGAUCAAAAAGCCGCGCCAUAUUCCGGUCGCCGCCAUUGCCCC